AUGGCAUCGCCGCUAUCGCCGCGGGACAACCCGCACAUCCGCCUCAACUCGGGCACUGCAGACAUCCUCGACGAGCCCUCCGCACAGCGCCCGAGCACCGCCCGCCAAAACUCGGCCCGCUCGUUGACCCAGCCCAUCCGCCCUGGCACUGCCCCGGGGCCCGCGAGUCCCGGACUACGAUCACCGUCAGUACCCUCGCUGUACAAGAAUGAGACGGUAGCAGCGUCCGCGGAGCACCUCCUGCCGCCCAAGAAGUCAAGAACACGGCCCUUCCGAGACGAAUCGCCCGCCGCGCCCAUGUCGCGGAGAACGAGCUGGGACACUGAUUCUGUGGCCAGCCGCGACUCCAGAUACAGCCCGUUCGCCUCGCCCUUCGACGAUUCGAGAGCACCCUCGCGGGCGGGGAGCGAGGAGGACCUGAACACGCAGACUGUAUCGGAGAAAUUCAACAUAACGCCCUCUGCAGGGCUGCUGCUGUUCCCAGAAGAUGUGGAAAAGGACGACUGGUUGCACAAUCCCGAUCCGAACGAAAAGAACGAGCGAGACUGCGACGUUUUCACGAAAAGAGGAAUCGUCAACGUUGGCGCACUAGUGGUCCUUACCCUAGGAUUGCUCGUAUUGUUCAUCGGGUAUCCUAUACUGACCUUUGUCCACAACAUCACUGCGCCUGAAAAGACACCGUGCACAAAUAACCCGCUCUGCAUUCUUGGAAAAGAAAACGAGCCGUUAUUACAGAAUAUACGUAAAGAUCUCAUUGACAAAGAUACUCCCGAAUCGGCAAAGACAAGAAAGUCCGCCAACGGCAAAACUCAAAAGCUCGUAUUCUCAGACGAGUUCAAUGAUGAAGGUCGCACAUUUUACGAUGGUGAUGAUCCGUAUUUCCAAGCUGUCGACAUCUGGUAUGGCGCGACCCAGGAUCUCGAGUGGUACGAACCAGACGCAGUCUCCACCAGCAAUGGCACGCUCAACCUCGAGUUCGCCAACUACGCGAAUCACGGCCUCAACUAUCGCUCCGGCAUGGUUCAAUCGUGGAACAAGCUCUGCUACAAGGGAGGCCACCUGGAAGCUAGUAUCUCGUUAGCUGGCAGUGGCGAAGUCAGUGGUUUCUGGCCCGGCUUCUGGACGAUGGGAAACCUAGCGCGCCCUGGCUAUCUAGGUACGACUGAAGGUCUCUGGCCCUACAGUUACCACGACGAGUGUGACGUUGGUAUCACACCCAACCAGAGUUCAUACGACGGUCUCAGCUACCUCCCAGGAAUGCGACUACCCGCGUGUACCUGCGCUGGAGAGGAUCAUCCCAAUCCUGGUAAAUCGCGAAGUGCUCCCGAAAUCGAUGCCCUGGAAGGCUCAGUCGUUUUCCUGGGCCCUGGCCAGACGAAUCCUGUCGGUUCAGUGUCUCAGUCGCUUCAGAUCGCCCCCUUCGAUAUCUGGUAUCAGCCAAACUACGAUUUCGUCGAGGUCUAUGAUCAGCGCAUUACCGAGAUGAAUGCCUACAAGGGUGGUCCUUUCCAAGAAGCUUUCUCAGGUCUCUCUAACCUGAAUAACGACUGGUACAAUGGCAAGGCAUACCAGAAGUAUGCGUUCGAGUACACGACCGGCGAUGAUGGCUUCAUUACCUGGUAUGUCGGCGACUCGCCUACUUGGAGUUUGCAAGCCGCAUCCAUCGGGCCCAACGGCAACAUUGGCCAGCGCAAGAUCCCCGAGGAACCCAUGUCUAUCAUCGCCAACUUGGGCAUGUCCCACUCAUUUGCCGCCAUCAAUCUCGAGGAGCUUGCGAAAUUCUUGCCUGCUACCAUGCGAAUCGACUACAUUCGUAUCUACCAGGAUCCGGAUGAUGACACCCAGGCUCUUACCUGUGAUCCGAAGGAUUACCCCACAACGGAGUAUAUCAGGAAACAUCCCGAGCCAUACGCCAACCCCAACCUGACGGACUGGAAGGGAACCAAGUACGACUGGCCCAAGAACUCGUUCAUGAACGGUUGCAAGAGCUGA